UUAUGACAACAUCAAGCAGUUCUCAAAAGGCAAAUACUGGUUCAAAGCAACUGCAAUGUGGCUUGUCAUGCAAAGCGAAAUAGAUGAGUUUCACAAUUGGGCGCAAGACAACAACGUCACAAUACCGAAGAUCAAAAAUCUGUCUGUUGUUCCAUUGCCAGAUUAUCAGCGAAAGGCAGUGUUCAUGUGCAAUGAUGUUUUCUACAGAAUGUUGGCAGAAGAGAAACUCCUUCCAAAAGUCGAAGGUAAACAAGUUACCGAAACAUUCAUUCGCGAAAACAAAGAACACUUCUGGAGCCAAAUAUUCGAUUUUGACAAAAUCAAUCGAAUAUUGAAGAAAAACAAAGAGUUUCAUUAUACUAUUGUUAGCAACGGUGAAUCAGUAUCGGUAUUGUAUAAAUUGUCAAAACAACAUCUUCAACGGUUGCUGGAUGAUGACAUUGUGAGAAAGCGAUACUUGGAUGGAACGUUUGUUUAUGAACUGGGAAUCGAUCCGGGUAUGAAGACAUGGAAUGCGACUGUCCGAAGAACCAUCAGUACUCGCAAAGAAGUAAGUAUAUAUUUUUUUUUAAAGUCGAUGAGUAUUUUACAUCACAGACAUGCGCAAAAUGUGGCGGACGAUUCGAUCCAAACACCAAAAGCAACCGUUUCAAAGUUUGUGAAAAUUGUGCACCGGUGCCAAAUUCAAUCAUGGCUAACUUUUUACCAUCGAAAAUCGUGGCACAGCUCAGCAAACGGCGUUUAAAGUAUAACAAAGUUUAUAUUGAAGAGAGUUUGGCGGUAUCUCUGGCUCGAGGUGAAAUGACUGAGCAUGAUUUCGACAUUAUAGCUGAUCGUUUACUGUCUAAGGUGGCCGUGUAUCCAAAAAAAUGGCAAGUAAACGCAGUGAGUGGUGUAUUGGAAUAUGCUGACGUCAAAGUCGAUCAACAACCACAUGCAGUUGAUGAUGAAAAUGCAGCGGAAAUCGAUGGAGAGGUCGCUCAACAACCGUGUGCAGUCGAUGAUGAGUGUGUGACGGAAAUCGAUGACAAGCAACAACCAAUGAUUGUGCAUCAGACAACUUGGGAUCGUGAUAUCGUGGCCGCCAAAUGCAUUCUCAUCAAAGGACAUUGUAACCUGUUUGGACUGGAUAUCCCGCUAACAUUGCAGAGACCACGUCGACAACAAGCAGUUCAAAAUAAUCAACAGCCUUAAGCAUAACCAAUCACCAUUUUAACUCGAAAAUUAAUUAAAAAUUAAUAUUGUAAUUUUGUUACACUAACUGAGACUUGACUGUUGUGUCUCAGCAUUUCGAGGAAGUACUAUCAAGGCUCUGUUUUUCUAUAUGGGAAACACCCUAGUGUAGAUAAAAUUCAGAAGUGCGUAUACAAAAUGAAUCAAUUUAUUAGUAUGUUAUCGUGUU